CCUCCCCGCCAACAAAUCGCAACACGGCACCGGGCACCGCUUCCUCUGCCGUCCGUCGCCGGCGAUGCCGCGCCCCACCGCCUCGUCCUCCAGCCGCCCUCCGCCGGCACCGGCGCAGGAAGGGGAGCUAGGCUCGAGCCGCGCCUCCUCCUCCUCCUCGGCGGAUUCCUCCAUCGCGUCCCUCAUCGACCGCGCCACAUCCACCACCGACCCCUCCGUCGACCCGGCCCUCCUCCGCGCCAUCAAGUCCGCCGCCCGCGCCUCCGACGGCGCCAUCCGCGACGCCUUCCGCGUCCUCCUCUCCCUCAUGUCCAAGCCCCACGCCCACGUGCGGCUUCUCGCCUUCGCCAUCACCGACGAGCUCUUCAUGCGCUCGAAGCUCUUCCGCUCCCUGCUGGCCGACGUGCUGGACGGCUUCCUCCCGCUCGUCGUCGGCUUCCGCCGCGCCCACCCGCUCCCGCCGCCCGCCGCCUCCGCGAACGUGCUCCGCAAGGCCGCCGUCCAGGCGCUCGAGCGCUGGCACCACCUGUUCGGGGCGCACUACCGCCAGCUCCGCCUCGCCGUCGAGUACCUCAAGGAGUCCGCCCGGGUCCAGUUCCCUGGCCUCCGUCCCGCCGUUGAGGCUCGUGCUGCGCGGGAGGCUCGCACCCAGGAGAUCUUAACUGCAAAGGUCGAACAGCUGCGCCAAAACCUGGCCGCAAUCAAGGCUGAAAUCCGCUCCACGGUUGAUGAGAUUCGCAAUGGGUUAGAUAUCAUCCGCAUCGAGAGUGAAAAAUUUGACAAUCAUGCAAACGAUGAGAAUGAGGAGCAGGAAAUUGCCUCUUUGGCGAUGCGUACUAUCAGGAUGGCUUCUUUGAUGGCUGGGGAGUGGGUUCAUGAGACUCAGGAGAAUGAAGCAGUUUUUGAUGCAUUGAGGGAGUCAUAUCGGCUCCUUGUGUCAAAGCAUUUGGUCACAGUUCAGGAAUGGAUAUCUGUGCUGGUUAGGGUCAAUCUUGCAGAUAAUCGUUUUAGAGAUUCUGCUUUGAAGGAACUCAUUGAUGUUAAGAAUGAAAUACAGGCGGUGAGAAAUCGGUGUAGUGAGAUUGGUCUCAAUCUUGACAAUGUCCAUAGGCGGAAGGGUGUUCAGGAGGAAGAGGAUGAUGGCUUUUGGGUUGAGGGGAAUAUUGAGGCUCGUAGUCCUGCUAGAGUUGAUACCAGCACAGAUGUUGCAAGUAGCAGCAAGGAUACUAGAAAGGGAAAGAUGCCAGUGGGUGGAGCAAUUUCUGAUAAUGGCAAGGCACCUAACGUUGGCAAUAGGUCCCGAAAGUUGGAUCCAGAGAUGGCAAAGCUGCAUGCUGAAGCCCCUGUGCUGCCAUGGAGCUCUGUCUUGGAUCGUUGGGGUUCCAAUGGGGAUGCACAUGUAAACCAAAGGGGGCUUGAGUUCGAGAGCCAUUGGGGGAGGGUGGAUAAUGAUGCUGUUAUACCUGCUGCAAAGAUUGCAGAGUUAAAUGUUCAUAGUUCAAUAUAUAAAGAAGAUCCAGUUGAGAUCCUACCUUGUCGCGCACCUCUGAAGAAAGGAGGCCUUUGCCAGAGAAGAGAUCUCAAGGUAUGCCCAUUUCAUGGGCCUAUUGUCCCACGAGAUGCAGAAGGAAAUCCAAUUGCUCAGAGUGAUGGCCAUUGUGAUGAAGAAGGAAAUCCAAUUGGCCAAACUUCUGGCUGUUAUGAUGCAGCAGUAAGUCCUACUGAGCAGAAUGAAGACAGUUCUGAUGCAAGAGAGAAUAUGAUUAAGCCAGAGGGAAGCAGUGAUGGUGAAUAUAUGCAUGACUCCUCUCCUUCAAGAAUGGCGAACAGAAAUAGUGACGUUAGCGACAGCGAGGUAGCUCCUGAUCCCAGAAAAAUUACAGGGGAGCAGUUGGCGAGACAGGCAGUGCAGAAUGUCCGGAAAAGAGAUAGGGAUGACAAAGCACGGGAAAGAGCCCAACGUGCAAGAAUUCGUCAGCAUAAUCAAGAUGUUUUGCGGGAAGCGGCUCUUGCUUCAACCUCGCACUCAGCGGCAGCCUAUGACCUCCCUCCAUCAACAGUGGCUCGACGAGGACGCCGUGGUAAGACAAAGGCACCAACACUGGCAUCAAUGCUGAAGAAGAAAGUCACUUCCAAAGAUAGGAUUGCGGAGAGGCUUCUGAAUGCUCGAGCUAGGGAUGCGACAAUAAGAGAAGUUUCACAUAGCGAAGAUAUGAGCUACAGAGAAGCAUUCCCAAAUCAAUGGUAGUGGAAGAAGCCUUUUUGUUUUUGCUGAAUGGUUGCUUAUUCGUCACGAUAAGAAUGAAUCAAAUAUUCUUCAUUCACAGUUUUCAGUUGAUGACAGGGGUUCUUGAGUUGCCUAGAUACAAAAUCAAAUUGUAGGUAUUUGUUGUGAAGUUCAGUUUUUUGUAUAGUAGAUUGAGUAAGUUUAUUGUAUUUCUUUGGCACGCUUACUUUCCUCAUUUGUAAUUAUAUGUAUCACUCCUUGCUACUGGAUUACGAACUAUAUACCGAGGCUGCAGUUCAAACUGUGUU